CACUCAAGUAUCCAGUUUCUCAAGCUCAAAAUUCUCAAGUUACACCUGAUCAUGAAAGAUCUGAAGACCAGCCUGAGCUUAUGUCGUCCCCGCCUAAAAAAAAGAGAAAGACACUUCCAUUUGCGCGGCUUUUAACUGAAGAGGAAAGUUGGCAUCAGUUAAAUGAGUUGAAUGAGGAAGCAGAACGAAAAGCUGAAGAAAUAAAGCGAAAAAAAGAGGCGGCGGCCCAAAAAAAAGAAGCAGCGGCCCAAAGAAAAGAAGCGGCAGCCAAAAAAAAAGAAGUGGCAGCCAAAAAAAAAGAGGCACUAGCUAAAAAAAAGGAAGCAGCCGCUCAAAAAAAAGGCGGUGCAACGACUAAUUCUAACACUAAAAGAAAAUCGGGUUAA